GCAGUGUUAGAUUGUUGAAUGGUUAAAAUUUUCUGACAAUGGCAGUUGCAAAUCUGAUGUUGUGGGUGUUUUUGUGUUUUCAAUUGGUGCUCAAUGGAUUUUCUUCUCCAAUUGGGCUUCCUUUACAGCAGCCUGAUAGCAAUCAAGUGCUUGUGGAGAAAGAUGUGUCCUGUCCUUAUGCAAGCCAAAAUCCAAACCCGCCAGUGGUAGCACAGUGCAACUUGGCUGUUCUGUUGUCUUUGCAAAAUGCAUCUGGGCUAGGUAUCGAAGUGACUAACUUGUCUGAAAAGUCUAGCUCUCCCCCUGUCAAGGAAUCCAAAACUCUCCCAGUUGCAGAGUCCAGUCCUCCGCCUGCCAAGGAACCCAGCACUAUCCCACCUGGGGGACCUUGCAUUCUGCAUGCUGUGAAACCCAGCCCUCAGCCUGUAAACAAUUCCAGUGCUGCUCCAGCAGGGGAGUUUAGCCCUAACACAGUUGUGGAAUCCAGCCCCAAGCCUGCCAAGGAAUCUAGCAGUCUCCCAGCUGCUGGGUUUAAUCCUCUGCCUACUGAGUCUAGCUCCCAACCAGUUACAGAGUCCAGCCCCCGGCCUGACAAGGAGCCCAGCACUAUCCCACCUGGGGGUCCUUGCUUUCUGCAUGCUGUGAAACCCAGCCCUCAGCCUGUAAACAAUUCCAGUGCUGCUCCAGCAGGGGAGUUUAGCCCUAAACCAGUUGUGGAAUCCAGCCCCCAGCUUGCCAAGGAGCACAGCACUGUCCCAGGUGGGGAAUCAAGCCCUAAGCCUGCCACAGAACCCAGCAGUGUCCCAGUUGGGGAACCUAUCUCUCUGCCUGCUGAGAAAGCCAGCCCCAAGCCUGCCACAGAACCCAUCACCAUCUCAGCAGGGGAACCUAUCCCUCUGCCUGCUGAGAAAGCCAGCCCCAAGCCUGCCACAGAACCCAUCACCAUCUCAGCAGGGGAACCUAUCUCUCUGCCUGCUGAGAAAGCAGGCCCCAAGCCUGCCACAGAACCCAUCACCAUCUCAGCAGGGGAACCUAUCUCUCUGCCUGCUGAGAAAGCCAGCCCCAAGCCUGCCACAGAACCCAGCAGUGUCCCAGUUGGGGUACCUAUCUCUCUGCCUGCUGAGAAAGCCAGCCCCAAGCCUGCCACAGAACCCAUCACCAUCUCAGCAGGGGAACCUAUCCCUCUGCCUGCUGAGAAAGCCAGCCCCAAGCCUGCCACAGAACCCAUCACCAUCUCAGCAGGGGAACCUAUCUCUCUGCCUGCUGAGAAAGCAGGCACCAAGCCUGCCACAGAACCCAUCACCAUCUCAGCAGGGGAACCUAUCUCUCUGCCUGCUGAGAAAGCCAGCCCCAAGCCUGCCACUGAACCCAGCAGUGUCCCAGUUGGGGUACCUAUCUCUCUGCCUGCUGAGAAAGCCAGCCCCAAGCCUGCCACAGAACCCAGCAGUGUCCCAGUUGGGGUACCUAUCUCUCUGCCUGCUGAGAAAGCCAGCCCCAAGCCUGCCACAGAACCCAUAACCAUCUCAGCAGGGAAACCUAUCUCUCUGUCUGCUGAGAAAGCCAGCCCCAAGCCUGCCACAGAACCCAGCAGUGUCCCAGUUGGGGAACCUAUCUCUCUGCCUGCUGAGAAAGCCAGCCCCAAGCCUGCCACAGAACCCAUCACCAUCUCAGCAGGGGAACCUAUCUCUCUGCCUGCUGAGAAAGCCAGCCCCAAGCCUGCCACAGAACCCAUCACCAUCUCAGCAGGGGAACCUAUCUCUCUGCCUGCUGAGAAAGCAGGCACCAAGCCUGCCACAGAACCCAUCACCAUCUCAGCAGGGGAACCUAUCUCUCUGCCUGCUGAGAAAGCCAGCCCCAAGCCUGCCACAGAACCCAGCAGUGUCCCAGUUGGGGUACCUAUCUCUCUUCCUGCUGAGAAAGCCAGCCCCAAGCCUGCCACAGAACCCAGCAGUGUCCCAGUUGGGGUACCUAUCUCUCUGCCUGCUGAGAAAGCCAGCCCCAAGCCUGCCACAGAACCCAGCAGUGUCCCAGUUGGGGAACCUAUCUCUCUGUCUGCUGAGAAAGCCAGCCCCAAGCCUGCCACAGAACCCAGCAGUGUCCCAGUUGGGGAACCUAUCUCUCUGCCUGCUGAGAAAGCCAGCCCCAAGCCUGCCACAGAACCCAGCAGUGUCCCAGUUGGGGUACCUAUCUCUCUGCCUGCUGACAAAGCCAGCCCCAAGCCUGCCACUGAACCCAGCAGUGUCCCAGUUGGGGUACCUAUCUCUCUGCCUGCUGACAAAGCCAGCCCCAAGCCUGCCACUGAACCCAGCAGUGUCCCAGUUGGGGUACCUAUCUCUCUGCCUGCUGAGAAAGCCAGCCCCAAGCCUGCCACAGAACCCAGCAGUGUCCCAGUUGGGGAACCUAUCUCUCUGCCUGCUGAGAAAGCCAGCCCCAAGCCUGCCACAGAACCCAUCACCAUCUCAACAGGGAAACCUAUCUCUCUGCCUGCUGAGAAAGCCAGCCCCAAGCCUGCCACAGAACCCAGCAGUGUCCCAGUUGGGGUACCUAUCUCUCUGCCUGCUGAGAAAGCCAGCCCCAAGCCUGCCACAGAACCCAUCACCAUCUCAGCAGGGAAACCUAUCUCUCUGCCUGCUGAGAAAGCCAGCCCCAAGCCUGCCACAGAACCCAGCAGUGUCCCAGUUGGGGUACCUAUCUCUCUGCCUGCUGAGAAAGCCAGCCCCAAGCCUGCCACAGAACCCAGCAGUGUCCCAGUUGGGGUACCUAUCUCUCUGCCUGCUGAGAAAGCCAGCCCCAAGCCUGCCACAGAACCCAUCACCAUCUCAGCAGGGAAACCUAUCUCUCUGCCUGCUGAGAAAGCCAGCCCCAAGCCUGCCACAGAACCCAGCAGUGUCCCAGUUGGGGUACCUAUCUCUCUGCCUGCUGACAAAGCCAGCCCCAAGCCUGCCACAGAACCCAGCAGUGUCCCAGUUGGGGAACCUAUCUCUCUGCCUGCUGAGAACGCCAGCCCCAAGCCUGCCACAGAACCCAGCAGUGUCCCAGUUGGGGAACCUAUCUCUCUGCCUGCUGAGAAAUACAAUCCUGUCCCAGUGACUGCGUUUAAUCAUCUGCCUGCUGAGUCUAGCCCCCACCCAUUUACAGAAUCCAGCACUCUCCAAUCAAUCUUGGGGGGCAAACUGACUGGAUCCAGCCCCCAUCCAGUUGUGGAGCCCACUGCUCUCCCCACCCAGGAGUCUAUUCCUGACCUUGCCAAGGAGUCCCUCCCUCCAUGUGUCAUUUCCUGCCUGCUUGACCCAAGAUGUGCUAAUGCACUGAAGUCUAUUAGUGGAUAUGCUCAUCUCUAAAUGUGGCAUUUUAACAUCUGUUUUAAGUCAAUAAAACCAGUUAUCUUUCC